AGCAGUGCGCCCACUAGCUCCGCCCACCCGUGCCCAGCAGUGCACCCACCUGUGCCCAGCAGUGCACCCACCUGUGCCACUCUGCAGUGCCACCUACCUGUGCCCAGAAGUGCCACCUACAUGUGCCCAGCAGUGCCACCCACCUGUGCCCACCCAUCUGUGCCCACCCACCAGUGCCACCCACCAGUGCAGCCCAGCAGUGCUGCCAGUCAGUGCUCAGGGGUUGUGCCAGUCAGUGCCGCCAGUCAGUGCCCAGCAGUGAUGCCAGUCAGUGCCGUCUAUCAGUACCCAUCAUCAGUGUCACCUAUCAGUGCCGCCUAUCAGUGCUGC